GUUUCUCCUCUUUUUAUCUUUAUUUUAGCUGAUUUAGUAAGAGAUGAGAUAUGAAGUUUCCAGUUGAGAUUUUGAGUUAAGGAUAGACCGAGGAUGUUUAGUGUUGAGGAAGGUGAUAGCUGAGUGUUGUCAAAGAAUAGUGGAUAGUUGUUUGGAAGAUUGUGUCGAGUAGAUAGGUGGAGAAACUGUGUUUUUGAGGCGUUGAAGGACACCAGGUUCCUCUUGCCCCAAUCGGAAAUAAUAGUAAGGUCUGAGGUUAAGCGUUCUGUUGCCUCCAGCCUUGAAUCGUUAAGUUCCUGUAGGGUGGGUCUUCUAUUAAAAGAAGUUGAGUAAUGCAGAGUGGAGUCAUCGGCGUAAGAAUGGAUAGGACAGUUCGUUUUGGAAAGAAGAUCAUCAAUGAACAACAGAAAGAGAGUGGGAGAUAGGACAGAACCCUGUGGGACACCACUGUUAAUAGGUUUAGGGGAAGAACAGUGACUGUCUACCACAGCAGAAAUAGAACGGUCAGAAAGGAAACUGGAGAUAAAGAUACAGAGAGAAGGAUAGAAACCGUAGGAGGGUAGUUUGGAAAGCAAAGAUUUGUGCCAGACCCUAUCAAAAGCUUUUGAUAUGUCCAGCGCAAUAGCAAAGGUUUCACCGAAACGGCUGAGAGGAUGACCAAGAGUCAGUUAGGAAGGCAAGGAAAUCACCAGUAGAACGCCCCUUGCGGAAACCAUACUGGCGAUCAGAUAGAAGGUCAGAAGUGGAAAGGUGCUUUUGAAUCUUCCGGUUAAGGAUUGACUCAAAAACUUUAGAUAGACAAGAAAGUAAAGCUAUAGAACGGUAGACGGUAGCAUUGCUGCGUGUCCUACUCGGCUUCCUACCCGUUUUUUUUUUUUGUUUUUUUUACAAUCAAAACCCUUUUAAAAUCUACUUAUUAAGCUUUUCAUCCAUUUAUAAACUUCAGCUAAGUCUCCUCGUAACCCUUCCCGUUGUGAGAAAUAUAACAAAAUUUUCACCAGUUUCCUACAUUUUCCUUCUUUUUCAUGAAGAAAUUUAGCAUUUCUUAUGUGCCUUCAAAUAUAUUUAGUGUACAGCUUUUUCCGUUUGAUCUCUGUAUAAGCUGCAGUGUUUCAUUAGCGGCCCAAUAAUUCCUAAUAUUAUUCCAGAUCUCUCCCUCUUUCUUCAUUUUAUUUUCAACGCAGUAUCUUGUACUAUUGGCUAUUGUAAUGCUUAAUUAUGUAGGACUUCUUUUCUCUCUCCUCUAUCCCUUCCUGUGAACCCUGACAUUCACGCCUUCUAGUAAUGGCUGUCACCCUCGUCUCACUUGCACACAGAUACGUUGCUCCCCUGCCGGUGAUCAGGUUCGUGCACGUUUGAUUGAGCGCCGAGGUGAGGUGGCGUGAGGAGCCCCACACCUUCCUUGACUCCCCGUCUGACCUUUGGGCCGGGCCUCAACCCCACGCCCCUUCCCCAGUGCCAUCCUGACGGAGAUGUCCCAGGAGCACAAGGGCCUGCUGUUCCCGGACGCCCACCUGUCAUCCCUCCUCAUCCUCUCGCCGGGCUGCCACACGACGUCGCUGUUGAGGUCCGCGCGGAAUUUCUCAUCCAGCCUUUUGCUCUGCCUGUCUCCCCUUCCGCUUAUGAUCUUCAGGCAGACCAGACACGGGCGAGUAGUGGAGGCUGACGAAGCGGGUGCAGCGGCGGCCGUGAGAGAGAGGCAGAUGUAAAGGUCAGAGAGAAAAGGGAACACUGUGCGAUAAAGAAGUGAGAAUAACGAAGUGAAAGCCAGGAACAGAGGAAAACCCGAGAAGCAAAGCGAAGGAAAGUUAAAAAAAACGGAGUGGCGCAAACAAGAACAGAACACGGAACAAGAGAAAAAUAACGAAGAGUAAGUACAAGCCGGUCAAGGCCAUUCACUUCAGGGAGGGGAGAUGAUGGAGCCAGGGCGUGGGGCGCGGAGGGGGGAGGAGGAGGACGGUCGACGAGAGACUGGAGGAGGCUGCAAGGUGAGGGGCGCUUGAUGGUGUCCGGUGAGGCUUCUUGCAAACCUUCACUCCAGCUGGCACGCCCCGCCCCGCCCCGCCCCGCCCCCCUUCUCUCACACUUCCUCCCUCGGCCACUCAGAUCUUCAAAGACAGCACGAGGAAAUCAUCUCGACACUCCACGCUACACAUAUUUAUAUAAAAUAUUUGGUCGGCGGGGCAAGAGGGAAGUAAGCCCAGACGCCUGAGAGUGAAAACGAAAGACAGUGAGGUAGUGGGUCUCCUUUUUAAAGCUUUGCACCAUGUCAGCCGGCGUUGAAAAUGCUAACAUCGGCAGCAUCUCCGACAAACUCCUGACGCAGAUCAUUCACAACCUUCAGGCCUUCCCUAACGAGACGAUGGACCUGACUCGGCCGCACCUCCGCCCCUCCCUCUCCCGCGUGUACCCGCUCUACAUCUUCUUGUACAGCGCCCUCGUGGUGUGUGGCAUGGCGGGCAACGCGGCCAUGAUCGCCCACAUCCUCCGCCGCCGCCUGCACAGGAACCCCACCAACGCCUACCUCAUGAACAUCGCCGUGUGUCAAUUCGUGAUGAGCUUCCCACUGCUGCCGCUCUCCCUGGCCAUCCUCCUCGUGCAGAACUGGGUCUUCGGCAGCUUCCUCUGCUACUUCGUCCCCAUGAUUCAGGACGCGCCCAUUCACGCCACGAUGGUCACGCUGGUGGUGGUGAGCGUGGACCGUUACCGCCGCAUCGUGUACCCGCACAAGGCCCGCCUGCCGCCCUUCAUCGCCGUCCUGGGCGUGUGGAUCACCUCCGUCUGCGUGGUGCUGCCCUACGCCAUCUACAUGAACUACAUCGACCUGCAGGUGCUGUUCGGGAACCAGUUCAAGGGCGCCGGCAUCUGCACCGUCAACCUCGGGGACGACAUCGCCGAGUACAUCCGGGGCCUCUUUAUCAUCCUGUACGUGCUCCCCUUGGCGGUGAUCGGGUUCGUGCAGGUUCGAGUAAGCGCCGAGCUGGGGCGGCGUGAGGGACCCCUGACACUAGCUGUCCUGGACCACAGCACCUCCCGUGGCUCACCGUCUGACCCCUGGACUACACCACAGUCCCUGCGUCCCUCCUCCAGCGCCAUCCUGACGGAGAUGCCUGAAGGACACGAGGGCCUGUUGUUCCCGGACGCCCACCAGUUGCCGUCCUUCCUUGCCCCCUCGCCAGGCUGCCACACGCCGUCGCUGGUGCGGGGCCGCGCAGACUCCCUCUACCAGCUUGAGGGGACGGAAGCCGAGGCGGUGCUGGAGAGGAGGACGCAGCGCUACCUGGCAUCCAUGGUCACAGCCUUUGCCCUCUGCCUCUGUCCCCUUAUGAUCCUCAGGUUGGUCAAGAACAUGGUGAUGGAGACGUACGAGAACUCUGGCCACUUCGACAUCACGUUCAUCACCUUCGUGUGGGUCGCCUUCCUGCCCACCGUCACCACCCCGGCCCUGUACGCGGCCUGGCGGAUGAAUCGGUCCACCAAGGAGAGGAUCAGGAGCUACCUUCACAUGGGCUGGCGCGGGCGGGGGUCAGGCCACGCCCAGAAUUUCACUCCGAUGCUAUACUCCUGCCACCCACGCCUUUCCAUGGACCCGCCCUCCUCCGCCCCCACUGCUUCCCCCACGCAUCGCCACUUGCACAGCCAGGCCAGUGACCACCCCCCGUCUCCCCGCCCCACCACCCCGCUCUCCGCCAGCCCCUUGCCGCCUCGCCAAGACCACGUCAGACCUUACUCCCUGGCGCUACCCUCCUGAGGCUGAAGGAAUGGCCACAUGCGUCGCUCGGACUAAGCGGGUUCAGAAUGCUUCACCAAGGGACUGGCAGCCUCACCCUCACGCCGGACGCUGCCGACGCUCCGAGAGUGAAGGACUCCUGAGGCACCUCCUGAAAGGUUCUUGUUCAUUGGUUGGCGUCGUUAGGGAAAUCAAUAUGUACUUGGAUUACUUGUUAUUUGUUACCAGUAUAUCAGAGACUAUAUAAUUAGCAUUUACCAUAAGGCAACACCAAAAAAAUAAUCUUCAUCUGUAGUUCGUUUGUGUUGUGAGGCGAGAAAGUGGGAGGUGGAGUAUGUCCAUGAAGCAAUUCAGUAAUUAAGUAAUACUCUGUGUUAUCAGUGGAUUGUCACGUAUUGGUUAGUUUGUUUUAGGCGUCUGCUCAUAACGCUAAGGCGUAGCUAUUGUUCAAGGAUCUGGCCGCAUGUACACAAAUUAGGUUAACUUAUGUUUAAACUUAGGCUUCGUGUUCUUCGUGAUUAGUGUUUUCCUGUCGCGUGGUGGUCUGCUGGCCUCGAGGCGUGAGUUGCCCAUAUGUGAUUCCUCGGCGGUAGUUGCUUGACAUCAGUUCUGAAAGCAUGGCGAUGACGCAGAGGUUGGCGUGGUGGGGAAAUAGUGAACUCUUCCUUGCUGCUUUUCUCAUGUUUGAGAGGCGUCAGGCACGGACAGAAUUACAUAUCUAGUGCUUCCUUCCCUGUAACAGAGUGGUUCAGGGCCUGUGCACCCAACCAUUUUUUUUAUCAUCCGCAGAUUUCAUUAAAUCACUCAGACUUGUCAGGCUAAUGCCGCACCAAACCGAUACUUAAGUUUGCUUAUUAUUAUGCUUCUCGGAAGGUGAGGUUGUCCCUUGUUAUUGUGUGAUUACCGAGACACCGUCAUGGCGUCGUUUAAAUCAAAGUUGCAUAAAAAUACUAUUACUUCUUUUUGUUAAGUGACAAAGACAAGUCUAGGCCCCAUGAAGGAGUAGCGUAAAUCAACUACCAAAGGGUCCGAAUAUAACUACUGUUAACCUUCCUCUCCAAGUACCUGAACUCCGCCAUUUACGAAUACCAGGCCCCGUCAUCCUCCCUGACGUCUAGCCCUGCAGCUCCCCUUCCUUUAGCCAGCUUUAACUCUGCUUUAUUUCAUCUUCGCCACAGAACGGCCGCUUACAGCCUUAUAAAUGUAGAAGUAAAGUAAUGUUAGGGGAUAAGACUAUCGGUGCGCGUGGCCUCGGUGCUCAUUUUCGUCGCAUUGGUCCUGGAGCCUCUGGUGGGAAGAACCCACAGCCUCGGGGCACAAGGUCAGUGUGACUUGGAAUUAACACAGUAACCUUCCCCAGGCUUCCCCAGGUACCCGUUCAUCGCCCACCCCGAAAGGAAAAGUGAGCAGCUGGGUGAGCCUGGAACCCGGGCCCACGGAUUCGUAGCUCGGCACGCUAACCACUCCACAACAAAAGCGCAUAAACACGGCACUAAAACGAAAUAAGUUUCAUAAUAUUAUCAUGGAGACUAAAUAUCAGACAUUCACAAUAUCCCACUGAUGCUUUCUCUCUCUCUCUCUCUC